AUGACCUCCGCUUCCGCUACGAUGGCCUGGCGAGCUGGCCUUCGAGCUCGUUCGCUCCCGGCGUCCCGAUGGGCCCAGCGUCCUGCGGCCGCAUUGCCGAACCUUGCUUCGCGCUUUCCCGGUGCGCGAUACGCAUCUGAGUCUGCCGGCCCCGCAACUACUGAGCAAGUCAAGGAGACAGCGAAGGAGACAGCGAAGGAGACAGCGAAGGAAUUGCCUCAGCGUGCUGCUCGACGAUCUCGGAAGGGCCUUUACGGCACCUCUUUGGCUUUGGCUUUGCUGUUUGGAUAUAUCUAUGGAACUGAUACCCGGGCUAGCAUUCACCGGUAUGGAAUGGUGCCUCUGAUUCGCAUGCUUUUCCCUGAUGCGGAGGAAGCGCAUCAUUUCGGUGUGGAUAUGCUCAAGUCGCUCUACCAGUAUGGUAUGCAUCCUCGCGAACGCGGUAACCCAGAUGCUGAUGGUGCUCUGGCUACUGAGGUAUUCGGUUACACUCUCUCCAACCCCAUUGGUAUCUCCGCUGGUCUUGACAAGCACGCCGAUAUUCCCGAUGCGCUGCUCGAUCUUGGCCCUGCUGUUGUUGAGGUCGGUGGCACAACUCCUCUCCCUCAAGAUGGAAACCCUAAGCCGCGUGUGUUCCGUGUCACUUCUCAAAAUGGCAUGAUCAACCGCUACGGCCUCAACUCCAAGGGUGCUGACCACAUGGCUGCUGUUCUGAAGCAGCGCGCCCGCGACUUCGCUUACGCUGCUGGUUUCGGUGACCAGGAAGGAUCUGAGAACCGUGUUCUGAAUGGCGAAGCCAAUGUUCCUCCUGGUAGUCUAGUCCCAGGAAAGCUUCUUGCUGUGCAGGUUGCCAAGAACAAGCUUACUCCCGACGGUGACAUCGAAGCUAUUAAGAACGACUACGUCUACUGUGUGGAUCGUCUCGCGCAAUACGCCGACAUCCUCGUCGUCAACGUCUCCAGCCCCAACACCCCUGGUCUGCGUGAUCUCCAAGCCACGGCACCCUUGACUGCCAUUCUGACCGCUGUCGUGGGCUCAGCCAAGAGCAUCGACCGUAAGACCAAGCCCUACGUCAUGGUCAAGGUCAGCCCUGAUGAAGAUUCCGACGAGCAAAUCUCCGGUAUCUGUGAAGCAGUCUGGAACUCCGGCGUUGACGGUGUGAUUGUCGGCAACACUACUAACCGUCGCCCCGACGCUCUGCCCCAGGGUUUCGCUCUCCCAGAGAAGGAGCAGCAGACCAUGAAGGAGACAGGUGGUUACUCCGGCCCACAGCUCUUUGACCGCUCCGUAGCUCUGGUUGCCCGUUACCGUGCCAUACUUGACCAGGGACCCCAGUCGGAGACCACGGAAUCAGCUCCUGCUGAGCAGCCACGCAAGGUGAUCUUUGCUUCUGGUGGUAUCACCAAUGGCCAACAGGCACGUGCGGCUCUGGAUGCUGGUGCAUCUGUGGCUAUGAUGUACACCGGUAUCACAUACGGCGGUAUCGGCACUGUGACCCGAGUCAAGGAGGAGAUGCGCGAGCUGCAAAAGAAAUAA